GGGGUUUAAAUACAGGAACGUAUUUCACUUAAACCACAGUUGCGCAAAACGAACGAUGAAACAAGAAAUCGGUUUAGUCAUUUUGUGUCUAUUCUACAGCAAUGUAGUGUCAGCAAAUGGAAACGAAAAGGCAACAGCCGAAGCAGCAGUAGGGGAAAGCGGGGCAAAAUGGGCAUGUUAAGCAGUUUACUGAAUAUUCCUUUGAAUAUUCCACAAAACACAAUUUUUCUUUCAUUAAUGUAUGCCUCAACCAUUUAUCUAUGGAUUAAAAUUGCCACAUAGAAUAAAAACAACUUAAAAACAUGAAAAUAAUGUAAAAUAAAAGUUGAUGUUUUACGAGAAGCUAUUUUGACACGCGGGGUAAAAUGGGCAUAGCCCUGGGGCAAAAUGGGCAUAUGUAAACAAACUGUGAAACGUCAAAACACUGGGGCAAUUUGGGCCACAACAACUGCGCUUAGGUAAUGGUCUAUGCUUUUGCGCACGUUUCGUGAAAUGUAUUUUUCGUUCUAUCUUUUGAUUUGCUGGUCAGAAAAGCCCUUAAAAUUCUUCCAAAAAUGUGUUAUCAAGAUUAAAACAGUUUUUAAACGUUUAAAUCUACAAAAUCGAAUCUUAUGAAGCUGUGUCUGUUAUCAUUUUGAGGCGACAAAUACAACACCAUAGCCUCACCAAGCGCCGUAUGUCAAAAGCAUCUGGCCAUUUUGCCCCAAGCGUGACUGCCCAUUUUGCCCCACGUGAAGUAUUUUUGUAUUUUUUGUUAUAUUAAUAAAAAUACGCAUUCAAUCGCCUUGCUUUCUUCAGACAAAUUGUAAAGAAAUAUCAUAUCUUUAAAAAUAUAUCAAGAAAAACGUCAACGCAUCCCUGUGACACUAGUUUAAGCUUAUUUUCGAAGUGGCAAAAAUUACAUCAAUAUGCUACUAGACCUUAUUUUGCAUUUUUAUUAGUUAUUUGUUAUGUAAGGGUUAUGAAAACUACAUGGUGUUCAUAGAACACUCUAAUGAAUACAUUUUGAGCAUUGGAAAUUAUCUUUGUAGUCAAAAAAUGCUUAAAUAGAGGGUGCCCAUUUUGCCCCGCAUGCCCAUUUUGCCCCGCUUUCCCUUACUCGUUAAAGCUGAAAACGUAACCGAAGCAGAAGCAGCAGCACAAUCUGGACGAAUUAUCAACGGAUUUGCAUCCGAUAUUGCAAACUAUCCAUUUGCAAUAAGUGUUCGCCGCGAUGGCCAAUUCUAUUGCGGUGGUACUGUCAUCUCAGCUUCUUAUGCGCUGACUGCUGCUACUCCUGUUUAUCCAUAUCGCAAUAGUGUCCAACGGAUUACUCUCUACGGGGGUAGUACAUCGGCAAAUUCUGGAGGCGUAUUAUUCAAAGUGCUCAUGAUCGCAGUACAUCUCCUUUUUAAUCCGAAUGAUCGCGUGUCGGAUUACAAUAUUGCCAUUCUGACUGUGCCAGCGAAUGCCUUUGGAGGAAGACGAAACAUUGCUCCAAUACCGCUUGCAUCAGCUGAAGUAGCAAUUGGCACUAAAUGUACUGUGUUCGGAUGGGGUAGAACAAAUGCCAAUCUCCCAGGGCCUGCCAACGCAUUACGUUCUGCUGACAUGGUCAUCUCAUCGGGUGCUACCUGUGCUAGAGCUUGGGGUCCAUUAUCAGUUCAAUUAACUUCAAACAUGAUCUGUGCUAAAGGUGUCAGAGGAGCGGACUUAUGUAUUGGCGAUUAUGGAAAUGCGCUGGUGUGCCGUGGUAAACUCAAUGGGAUCGCAUUCUUAGCCAGCCCUGGAUGUGAUAACACUCGCGACUCAGUUUAUAUGAGAAUAACCGAAUAUAAUAUUCGCCGCUUCAUUCGCAGCCAAACUGGUGUAUGAUGCAGGUUAUGGUUUGUAACCGAAGCCAUGUUUCAAGUUUCUCCUAGAAAAUAAAAACGAAAUCAAUAAAAGGUUCAUUCGAUUUACGGGGUCCAUGGUAAUAUAUAUCAACACCACUUUUCAGCACGUUAAGUACUCAGACAACAUGAUUGAGGGAGAUUGAUUGGUAAACCGAGUGAUUGUUCCUUUCCCGUGCUCCUGUUUUUUUAUCCUGUUCUGCCGUGAUGAUCAUGAUUGCUAAAUUGGUGCUGCUGGUUUUCUGUACUGGUUCGUGCGUGCUCUGGAGUGACAAUAAGUUGCACUGGAUUUCUUGCCCGUUAUUUCGACGAUUUGCCGAGUUAGUGUUUGGCUGUGUUCCUGCUGUUAUCAAAGUAAAAGCAUAAAAUAUUUGGUCGCGUUAACAUACUAAAAAAUUAGAUCAACUUUUUAGUCUGAAAUCGUUUCGUGGAUCGGAAUCGAAGUCGCGCGUGAGUUUCUAUUCGCGUGAAGCAGCGGUCGGCAAACUUUUUAGGCAAAGGGUCAGCAACAAAGUGGAAUCGUCAUUCUCGUUAAACCAA